GACCAUCACUGCCAACACAAGAACAGAGAGUUUUGGGUCCUUGAGGCAUUUCCAAGCUAUCAAACAAGAUCCAUGGAUUCCAAGAAGGCCAACAAGAUCACUGAGAUAGUUAGGCUUCAACAGAUGCUAAAGAAGUGGAAGAAGCUUGCAGUUGCACCAAAGAGCAACAGCAAGAGCAUCAAGUUCCUGAAGAGGACCCUCUCCUUUUCUGACACUUCAUCAGCAUCCUCUGGAGAUGUCCCCAAGGGAUACCUCGCUGUGUGCGUUGGAGAGGAGAUGCAGAGGUUUGUGAUCCCUACUGAGUAUUUGGGUCACCGAGCCUUCGCAGUUCUGCUCAGAGAAGCGGAAGAGGAGUUCGGGUUCCAGCAGGAAGGUGUGCUGAGGAUCCCCUGCGAGGUUUCUGUGUUUGAGAGCAUACUGAAGGUGGUGGAGAAAAAUAAGGAAGGGGUUUGCUAUUGUUCCUCGGAGGCUGACAUUGCUCAGGCUCACCACCCACCGAAACCAAUGUGCAGAUGAAUAGAGACUGUUGGCGUGGGAUGAGUUCUCUCCCCCCACAAAAAGCUAUGAUUUCAGAUUUUUGCUUUCUUAUUUUUGUGAAAGGGUAAAUGUAUUGAUGGUUUUGGGUGCAAGAUUGCAAAGUUCUGUACUAAUGCUACGAGAGCUGCAAACUUGCUCUAGGAUUCCUGAAAGUUGACUCCUCACACGUUUAUGUUUUGAAUCCAGUGAAUGUGUUUUCGUACUUUC